UGCCGGGCAGACGAUGAACAGUCCACGGGAGCUCGUAGCGACGGCCGGCAUGGACGCGUCGAUCGCAUCUCGGACGCGGACCAAGGUCUCGCUUGUCGACGUGGACAUUGAGCAGCUGGAGGGCGACCUCGCGGACGACCCAUCUUGCAUGGGCCUCGACAUGGACGUGAUCGAGGAGGAAGAGAACUACCGGCGCUUCCUCACGUCGUUGCUUCCGAACGCGUCUUCGGACGACGACGACCUCUCGUUCCUCUGCGACGACGACGACGAAGAAUACCAUCCGCAUGACGACGACGGCGACGACGAGUACGACGACGAGUACGACGAGCACAAGCAGUCGCGCCACGCCGACAUGGCCAACAGCAUCUCCAAGUCGGAGCUCUCGGGACUGCUCUGGGACUCGUCCAACCUCGACUUAGUCUCGGCGCCGCCGAUCGACGAGACCCAGGAAGCGCCACCGAGCGCCAGUCGGCCCAAGCCACUCACCUCAUCCUUUGUCCAGAUCCAGCCGAAUGGCCACUGGAAAGGGUCUCUCACCAAGGCGCAGCUCACGCAGCUGGCGUCCCAGAUGCACAAGCACUACCAGUUGCUCUGCCAGACGACAAUCUUGGCGCCAUCGACCCCAGGCGCGCCGGUUCUAGAAACGUCGGCGAUGCUGGCCGACCUCCAGCGCCGCAGUGAAGCCGUGCGCGCGUGGAAGGAGUCGGUCGUCUCGAAAUUGCACCCGUCCGAGUCGACGUCGACGCUGCUGCUCAACGCUAGGCGCGUCACGCGGUCGUUUAGCGCUGCCCACGCUGCGAUCGUCAACCCGUCCAUGUACGAGGUCCACAAUUUACUUCGCCCGUUCUCGACGCUGCAUGUGACCGACGACACAAGCCGCACCGAGCGACUGCGCACGCACCUCGGCGCGCUCGACCACCAUCUCUUGCAUCCGGCCAAGUUUAAGCCCAAGGAGUCCCUCCUCGAAGUCUUUACCGAGAGCGAAGACCGGUUGCUCGUCCACGGCGUGAAGCGGUCGGGCGCCAAGAUCAGCUGGACAGCGAUUCAAAAGAACUUUUUACCGACCAAGUCCACGGACGACCUCCGUGCACGGUACCGGUUUCUGUCGAGUGCCAAGGCGCCGCAAAACCCUGUCAAGGCCUUCAUCUCGUCGUUUCCGCCGCGCCGCGUCGCGCCAUGGCUCAUUGAAGAAGAGAUUCGCAUUCUACGUGGCAUGCUCGCGUUCGACGAAGACGAGCGUCGAAAGUUUUCCAAGAUUGGCACACAGCUUUUGCCCCAUCGGUCUCGGAGCGAAAUUCGCAAAAAGUGGGGUCGGAUGCAAGUCGAGAUGGCCCAAGACGAGCCUCCGGACGGCACGGCAACGUUGACGUCGCGCGAACGAGAUAUUGUGCGGUGGCAGCGUGCCCUCGAGCGCAAGCUGGGGGAAAAGGAAAAGCAGGCAGCGCGCCACCCGCUUCUUGACGCACGGGUAUUCGAACCCCUGACGACCGCAGCCAGCAAUCACGAAGCAGCAACGGCGCCGCAGUGUCUAGAGAAGCAUUUACACCCGGCACUGUUCUACUCGCCGUGGGCGAUAGCAGCGCCAUCGCUUUUGCUCGACUCGACAUGUGAGCACAACUGGCCUGCCUCGCUGCCACUCAAGAAGAAGAGCAAGGCCGUCAAGGGCAAGCGUACUCUACCAACGGCCAGCGACUGGGCGUCGAUGCAGUUUGCCAGCGACGACGAAGACAGCGAGUUUGAGGUUGAAGAUCUCGUUUCGUCCGAUGAAGAUGACGACGACGCGGACGAGGAUGAAGAGGCUGCGAAACCAGAGCCACUGUACUAUGGAGACCUCUCGGACAUGGACUUUGAGCAAGUCGAGCUGGACGACGAUGACGACGAGGACGAGGACGACGAUGUGUUCUUGGAGGCAUCGGAAACUGCGUUUGCAUCGCCUCACCCUGCGAGUGUGCAUCUUCCACAAGCCUCCGAGCGCACACUUGCCGCCCUGGAGCGCCGCAUUAGCGGCCAUCUUCCGUCGCCACGUCCCCGGCUUCUCUCCGAGGUCGACUCGUCAUCGAUGCUCAUGCUCAUGGACGACGACCCGCACGAUAUCAUGGAAGUCGAAGAGCUCGAAGAUGAUUAUAGCGACCUGGACGACGAUGAGUUUGAGUGUGAAGAGCUUCUGCCAACCUCCGAGGAAGAAGAAGAAGACGAAAAUGACAAUGCAUUUCGCACGAUGGCGCCAACGCCGAUCCAGAGCAGUCCACGCAUCGAUACGGCAAGGCUCGAGCUGCUCGCGCGGCGCAUGUCUCAGAAAGGCAGCUAACUACUACUUCAAUCAAAAGGCUCUGUGCCUAUCUCGAGAAGAGACUGCUAAUUCGUUUUAAAUGCAUUGAUGAGAAUUCGAUA